AUGCAAACUUCGACAAUCGUGUUCAAAGCCGAACCGGCAGACUACAGUGCCUCCUCCUCCGGGGGGAUUGUUUCUUCCACGUCAUCCUCUUCUUCGGCCGUCGUGCUGGGGAAUAUGAGACCGCCGCCGCCACCGCCUCCUCCCAAGGUCAAGGUCAUCGACGUCAAGCUGGAGGAACCGACCAGCUCUAUUCCCGAUCUAGCGGCCGCCGACUCGUCGGUGAAAGGGCGGGGGACGGCCGUUGCCAUGCCAACCCCCCAGAGUCGCGGCAUCCAGACGGCCGUGGCCGAGCAUGCACCGGCCGUCGACGUCGUUCGGGGUGCGUCGGCCCAAGGGGGGCAACGACCCAGACAGCCAGAGAAGAAAGAUAAGGAGAAGAGUAUAUCGAUUGUAGGGACAUGUUCAAUUGAUAACGACAAAGAUUUCAGCGGCGGGGAACCCAUGCUGUGGUUAUACGUCGGCCACUGUAAGCCCCAAACAACAGCCGAUAAGGUUAAAUCGUAUCUAGAGAAGAAAUCCGCAGGACAUAACUUCGAGGUUACGGAACUAAACUCGGUAGGACGUUUCAAGUCCUUCAAGGUUGCCGUUCUCGCUGCCAUGGCGAUGCCGGGAAUAUUGGGAUACUGGGACCACGUGACUGACACACAAAUAUCCAAACCGGAAAUUUGCCGCGAUUCUGGGUUUGCUGGGAGAGGAAAAGCGAUAAACGGCAAAUUCGUUUUUAGUUUUGGUGAACGCGCCAGUUUUUAUGUUAUGGUGGAUGCGCGUUUUGAAUAUUUGGCGACCGCUAAUAAUUACCUGAUAUAA